AUGCGUCCUGAUCAAGGGUCGAUAUUUGCCGGCACUUUUAUGGCCGAAGAAGCUCAGUCACGACUCCGUCAUGUACUGGAAUCGCCAGAAGACCCUGAGCCAUCGGACGCCAAGAAUAUGGGGAAAUUAAAAGCGGCCUACAGUGCAUGUAUGGAUGAAGCAGCGUUGAAGGAUCGCGGUAGCAAACCAUUGCAGGACCUACUCGCAAGUUUUAAGAAAGUAUAUGCUGUAGGGUCUACCACAAGUGCUGACGUCAACCUGACAGAUGCAAUUCUGCAUCUUAUGGAGUCUGGCGUUGAAGCCCUGGUGUCCACUUUUGUAUCACCUGAUGAUCGUGACCCGGACUCGAUUGCUGUUUUUGCUAACCCACUCCGCGAAAUCGGACUUCCGGCAAGAGAGUAUUACAACAACACUAACCUGGUGGCCGAAUACUCCAAGGUGCUGGAUGAGGUCCUUGCUAAGUUUGUUGAUACCAAAACAGACAGUGCCAUCAGUGAUGUGGUAGCAUUUGAAAAACGAUUGGCCGAUGUCACUCCAGACACGCAGUCCCAGGAAGAUGUGACCAAAUACUAUAACCCGUUGAGUGUUAAAGAUACGCAGUCACUUUUGCCGCAGAUUUCCUUAUCUGGAAUCAUUGCAGCUUUGGGACCUACGGAUUACAAGACCGACCGCUUGAUUGUCGGCUCCCCCUCGUAUAUGAAAUCAUUGUCGACUAUUUUGAAGGAAACCCCAAGGGAGACAGUGCAGCUAUAUUUCCAAUGGAAGAUUAUCCAGGCAUAUGUGGACUAUAUUGAAGAUGUGAAAAUGAAGCCUCUGCUGGAAUUCAACAACAAACUUGCAGGCAAAAACCCGCAGGCUACUGAAGAUCGGUGGCGCAAAUGCAUCGCGACCUUGGAUGAAGACCUAGGUUGGAUUCUUAGCCGGUUUUAUGUCCUUGACGCCUUCUCUGAAGCAUCAAAGAAUCUUGGUGACCAAAUCGUCUCCGAUAUAAAAGAGCGUUUUAUGUUUACGCUCCACCAGACAGACUGGAUGUCUCCCGAGGUGAGAAAACUGGGAAUUCAGAAAGUGGAAAACAUUGUGCAAAAGAUUGGUUAUCCAAGCAAGAGUCCCAAUGUGUUGGAUCCGGCGGAUGUGGAGAAGUAUUACGCGGACCUGAAGAUAUCAAAUAACACACUCUUUGAGAACUCUCAAGCCGCCGCGAAGUUUGGUCUCCGAAAGGCAUGGUCGAAGCUCGGGAUGCCAACGGAUCGAAAUGAAUGGAGUAUGACCGCCCCGACUGUAAACGCAUAUUACAAUCCUCCUGGAAACGAGAUCGUAUUCCCUGCGGGCAUCAUGCAGCCUCCAACCUUUUAUGGCCCGGCCGCCCCUCUCUACCUGGCAUAUGGAGCGUUUGGGGCGGUCAGUGGGCAUGAACUUUCACACGCCUUCGACUCGACGGGUAGACACUACGAUGAGACUGGGAAUUACACCAAUUGGUGGGAUGACAAGACGGUGGAAGGCUUUGAAAAGCGGGCACAGUGCUUUGUCGACCAGUAUUCCAACUUUACCAUACCGGGAGAGGAUUCAAAGCCUCUCCAUGUGAAUGGACGUCUAACCCUCGGGGAGAACAUUGCAGACGCUGGAGGUCUCGCGGCGGCCUUUCAUUCUUGGAAAAAACGCGACGAAGCGUCCCCUGAUCCUCAUCUUCCCGGACUCUCUGAAUUCACCAAGGAGCAGCUUUUCUUCGUCUCGUAUGCGAACUGGUGGUGUAGCAAGACGACGCUCGAAGCCGCCCGAGAGGCCAUUUUUAACGACCCACACGCCCCCAAGCCGGCCCGGAUCAUUGGGACGAUGGCAAACUCUGUUGAGUUCAAGGAGGCUUUCAACUGUCCCAGCAAGGAACCUGUAUGCAAGCUCUGGUAG